UAUAAAAGCUAGUGCAAAAUAUUACGAAUACACGCGAGCGCGAUUUCUCUGCAUAUGUAACGUUUCAUGCACUAUGAGUACAUACAACAGAGUACAAUACAGUACAAUAAUUUGAUCAUUUUCGCUCGUUUGUUUUUAAGAUAAACUUGUAUUUGUACCAAUUAAAUAUUUACUGGUGGUACAGUUGUAAUUAAUUUUCAACUGCAAAUAUAUUAUUUUAUUAUAUUUGAAACACGCAUUGAUAUUGUUCAUGCAGUUCUAUGUAGAUAUGAUAGACAAAACCAAAAGUUGCAGACUGUUAAACUAUUGGUUAAUCUUAAGUUAAAUACAUGUUACAAUUAAAAUGGCAAUUGGAAGUAUUAUUUGCGGAUCUACCACUCCUAGAGUGAAGAGAAAAAAGGCAAAGGCAACUGAACGAAGUUGGAUAGAAGCAACUUUUCAAAAGAGGGAAUGUUCAAAAUUUAUUCCAAGUGCUGAAGACGAGCAUAAGUUUAAACAAGUACAGGGAGAUAAGAAUGCAGAGUAUGAUGUGAUCACUACUUCCAGAUGUUGUUGUGGAUAUUCGUAUACUCAUCACUGCAGAGCUGGUAUAGAUGUUCAGAGUCAUACUGCUAGCAAUACCAAAGAAAAAGACCGCGAACAGUGGUCACCUGCUAAAAAUACGCGUCCAUUUCCAACUGAUGCGUAUGGCACAAUUGAAUUUCAAGGUGGACCACAUCCAACGAAAGCACAGUAUGUAAGGCUAGCUUAUGAUACAAGACCAGAGCCAAUAGUACAGUUAUUAUGCAGAGAAUGGAACUUGGGAUUACCUAAGUUAUUAAUAACUGUACACGGUGGACGCUCUAACUUUGAACUCCAGCCAAGUUUGAAAAAAGUGUUAAGGAAGGGUUUAUUGAAAGCUGCAAAGACAACUGGAGCAUGGAUAUUUACAGGGGGAACCAAUACAGGUAUCACAAGACAAGUGGGAGAUGCAUUGUUAUUAGAAAAAUCUCAAAGACAAGGUCGCGUUGUAAGCAUAGGUAUCGCACCAUGGGGAAUUUUGGAUAAAAGCCACGAGCUUGUAACUCGAGGCGGUGAAGUACCUUACGAUUGUCUUUCGUCUCCAUGGUCUAAAUACGCAGUUUUAAACAAUCGACAUGCAUAUUUUUUAUUGGUGGAUAAUGGUACUGGUGGCCGAUACGGUGCUGAAAUUGUGUUACGUAGAAGAUUGGAAAAAUACAUUUCCAAUUUAAAAUUACAACCAUAUACACACAGCAGUAUUCCUGUUGUAGCAUUAGUGAUUGAAGGAGGAACAAAUACAAUUCGUUCAGUUUUGGAGUAUGUCACAGAUGUUCCUCCUGUUCCUGUAGUAGUUUGUGAUGGUUCAGGUCGAGCUGCUGAUCUCAUCGCCUUUAUGCAUAAAUAUGCAUCUGAAGGAGAAGGAGAAAAUGGAGAAAACGAGGGACCAUUAGAGAGUAUGAGAGAACAUCUUUUAGAUACGAUCAAGCGCACCUUUAAAGUAACUACUGAACAAGCAUCUCAAUUGUACUCUGAACUUUUACAGUGUACACGUAAGAAGCACUUGAUAACAGUAUUUAGAAUAACUCAAGAUCGUCCUCAAGAACUGGAUCAAACAAUAUUGACAGCUUUGUUUAAAUCUAAGCAGUUGUCUCCUGCUGAACAGCUGUCUUUGUCUUUGAUCUGGAAUAGAGUGGAUAUAGCACGUAGCGAAAUAUUUGUUUAUGGACAAAAUUGGCCACCAGGUGCUUUAGAUCAAGCCAUGAUGCAAGCAUUGCAACAUGAUAGAAUUGAUUUUGUAAAACUCCUCUUGGAGAAUGGGGUUUCUAUGCGUAAAUUCUUAUCGAUUCCACGGCUUGAAGAAUUAUAUAAUACCAAAGAAGGCCCUUCAAACACACUGGGCUACAUUCUUCGCGAUGUACGACCAAAUAUUCCACGUGGGUACAUGUACACGUUACAUGACAUUGGUCUUGUCAUAAAUAAAUUAAUGGGUGGGGCGUAUCGUUCCCAGUACACUCGGAGAAGGUUUCGCGUGAUCUAUACUAAAGUAAUGAAGAGAUCCGGAGGGCAUCCUCAGCAUAUGCAUCGAAAUAGUUGCGUUUUAAGCAGCGGUAAUCGCUAUUAUUCAGGAUCUGGUAGCAAACAAGAUAGUUUAACAAUGAGUUUGCUUGCUGAGACUUUACCAGCUAAUCGUGAUACUCCACUUUUUGAUUAUCCUUUCAAUGAAUUACUUAUUUGGGCUGUGUUGACGAAACGUCAGCAAAUGGCUUUACUGAUGUGGCAACAUGGUGAGGAAGCUCUAGCGAAAGCACUUGUCGCCCUUAAGUUAUACAAAGCGAUGGCACAUGAAGCUGCUGAAGACGAUCUUGAAACGGAAGUCUACGACGAACUACGAAGCUAUGGAAAAGAAUUCGAAAACAUUGCCUUGGAAUUGCUAGAUUAUUGUUACCGCCAGGAUGACGAUCAGACUCAACAAUUAUUAACUUCUGAACUUCAAAACUGGUCCGGUCAGACGUGUCUUUCGUUAGCAGUCACUGCUAAUCAUCGUCCACUUUUGGCACAUCCUUGUAGUCAGAUCAUUUUAGCGGAUCUGUGGAUGGGUGGUCUUCGUACAAGAAAAAAUACAAAUUUAAAGGUUGUACUUGGAUUAGUUUGUCCUUUUUACAUCACGCGUUUGGAAUUCAAAAGUCGUGAGGAAUUACAAUUGAUGCCUCAAACUCAAGAAGAACAUUUGAUCGCUCUUGAAGAUGAGAAGGAAGAUAGCGAUUCAGAGCACGGCGUUCCAACUGGCCCAGACGUCGAGAAACGUCAUCGCAGGAGCCUGAGUGUACGCAACAAAUCCAGCAGCCAACAAGGCGCUAAGUUAUCAUCAAGGAAAACUUCUAUUUAUUCAGUAUCGGAAUCCGUACCGGCUUUGAUCAGCAAUGAGCAUACUACAACUGUAGCAAAGGAUACAAUUGUACAAGAGAAUGGUAAAGUGUUGACAGACAAUGAUGAUGUUAUUCAUCGCGCAUAUGGUAUUUCAUCUGACUACUACAAUGACAUAAAAAAUAGCAGGCCGCUGAGGCUGAAGAGAAAAUUAUAUGAAUUUUAUACAGCUCCUAUCACAAAAUUUUGGGCAAAUGCUAUAGCAUAUAUGAUUUUUUUGGUUCUCUUUUCAUAUUGCAUUCUCAUACACAUGGAUGAUCAUCCAUCAUUGGCAGAGAUUUAUGCGAUCGCAUACAUUUGCACAUUAGGAUGUGAAAAAGUACGAGAAAUUGCCACCUCCGAACCAGCCACUCUUUCUCAUAAAUUUAGUGUAUGGGCAUGGAAUAUGUGGAAUCCAUGUGAUGCAGCAGCUAUUAUUUUUUUUCAAAUUGGUCUGGCCUUACGUUUGCGGCAUUCUACUCUUGACGUUGGUCGUGUUAUUUACUGUGUUGAUUGUAUUUAUUGGUACUUAAGGAUAUUAAAUAUCCUUGGUGUAAAUAAGUACUUUGGUCCGUUAGUUACCAUGAUGGGAAAAAUGGUGAAAAAUAUGAUAUACUUUGUGGUACUUUUAACAGUUGUAUUAAUGAGUUUUGGAGUCACUCGACAAGCAAUAUUGAAUCCAAAUGCUGAACCCAAAUUAAGAAUCAUAAGAGAUAUAUUUAUGGAGCCUUACUUUAUGUUGUACGGGGAGGUAUAUGCAGACAACAUAGACCCUGAUUGUGGAGACGAGCCAGGAAUGAUUCCCUGCCUACCAGGGCGCUGGAUCACACCUGCUGUAAUGUCUAUUUAUCUUUUAGUUGCAAACAUCUUACUAAUAAACCUUUUGAUUGCGGUUUUCAAUAAUAUAUUCAAUGAGGUAAACGCGGUAGCACACCAAGUUUGGAUGUUCCAACGUUUUACCGUUGUUAUGGAAUACGAACAAAAACCAGUUUUACCUCCUCCGCUCAUUGUAGUUUGUCACAUAUAUCUGCUGGUGAAAUAUUUGCUGCGGUAUGUGACUCAAGGAAAAACAAGUACCGGUGAAACGUACGACAACGGGCUCAAAUUAUUCCUAGAAGCAGACGACAUGGAACGCUUGUACGAUUUUGAAGAGGACUGUGUCGAAGGAUAUUUUCGUGAACAAGAGUUAAAGCUUCAGAUGUCGACAGAGGAACGUAUCAAGGUUACUACGGAAAGGGUAGAAAAUAUGCAUCAAAAAAUAGAAGACAUUGAUAAGAAGGAAAACACUCAAAAUGCUUCGCUUCAGGCUGUGGAAUUUCGUAUCCGUAAAUUGGAAGAGUUAAAUGAACAGACAUUGGCACAUCUAGGAGUUAUCCAUAGGUUUAUGGCAACCCAUAUGCCCAAUAUAGAAGGCUUGUCCGGUCUCGACGUAGAAGGUCGUCAGCGCAGAAUAUCAGAACGGUCAGAAGUUCUCUCAGAAACAGACUCUCAUACACAGCUACCAAGUAUCGCAGCUAAGCGCAAAAGGCUCGUGCGAUCACUGACUGAUGGUACGUUUCUCAGUUUAGGUCAACAAUUAGACGAUGACAUGUUGAAACAUUCGGAAACGGUUACGUCACGUGAGAACCUUAGCAGAAACGACUCUUCGGUAAGCGGAGACGGGCAUACCGUCCAAGAUGAUCUAAAGACAACAACGAGCCAAGAGACUGAAGUGAGCAGAGGAGAUGUCGAGGGAGACACAUUAAAGAAAGAGUCACAAUCAGACAGCAAAGAAGCCAGCAGAGAACUGAGCGGAGAAGCAAGUAGCAGAGAGUUAAGCACAGAUCCAAGUAGACAAACGAGUAGGGAAUUGAGCAGGGAUACAAGUAAAGAUGCGACAAGCAAAGAGCCAAGCAGAGAAGCGAGCAGCGAAGCACCAACAUCAGAACCUUUCAGACAAGAUUCUUCAGAACGUCCUACCAGACAGAGCAGUAGGACGCGUUCAGAAUCUGAUGAUGUAAUGAUACUACCCUCUGGAGUUGCUAGAGGUGUAACCUGGGCAGAGCCACGCGUUGCAGUAAUUCCCUCAGUAUCUUCAACGAGUAGCACGCAGAGAUCCAUUCUACUAGCAAUGCGUGCUGAAUACACCAGUAUAACAGACGAAUUAGAGAGUUACUGUGGCCUUCUUAGUCCACCUAGAACGCCACCGAUUUCUCCUCCUCCUUCGAGGGCUAGGAAUCUUUCAGAAAUGUCCAAUCCAGAAAUGGCAUGGCAGAUUGAAAACGAACACUUAAGAGAUGCUGAGGAAUGCGAUUACCAACAGAUGGAGGACUUAAUACAGAGGAGGUACAUUGGAGACGACGAGGAAUCCUUACAGGGACAGGACGAUGCUAGUGCAAGUCCAUUCUUCAUAUCAAAUGAACAUAGGCACCAGCUUCGUAGAGCUUCAGCUAUUGAUGAAGAGUCGCGAAGACCUCCACCUACUAUCAGUGUAACUAGAGAAAUUGAACAAACUCUUUCGAGGCCACCGAUUCGAGAGUCUGAGGGCUCUGAUCCCAACGAUAAGAAUCUGAGCACCGUACCUGCUCCAGCUUCGGAGACCAUGUGUUAAAUAUCAGAGCUCUCCUCGAGGUAAUUUCAGUAUAGACUUGAUAAUGGAUCUGACUCAACGAAACUGAAAAUUCUAUUUUAUCGCAGUAUAAUCAAACUGAAUACAUUUUUCUUAUAGCACAAAGUACUGUUGAGCUCAAAUCUAACGAUUGUUUUUUAAAAACCAA